AUGGCGCAGCAGCAGACGAUGACGCUGGGCCAGAUCCAGCGGAACGAGGCGUUGAUCACGGCCAUUCAACACGAGGAUGCUUCCCAGAUCCAGGCACUACUGCAUGCAGGGGCGGAUCCCAAUGUGCGCCGGAGCCAGUUUGAGCCGCCCCUGCACGCCGCCGUGCGUAGCAAUCAACCCGAUAUUAUCCGACUUUUGCUUCAUCAUGGCGCCAACGCGCUGCUUCGCUACAAACUGGGCCGCACGGCCUUGCAUGUCGCAUGUGCCGAGGCAUCCGACGAUGCCAUGGCCACAGAGCUACUGGAUAUCUUGGUGGCCGGCCGCUACAAUGUCGACGAACUGGGUCCCAAGCAGAAUCACCUUAGCCUACCAGAUGAACAAGGGCAAACACCUCUGCAUGUUGCCGCUCAACGAGGCUGGACUGAAGCAUGCAACGUACGUUUUUUUGAGCCUGUUGCUGUCUUGUUGCCUUACACAAACACGAUCAUCCACCGCAGCCCCGUCCCCGCAAUCGACCUCAAUGCUGCGACCCACCCCAAUGACAAUGCGCACAGGGCUGAGCCAAGCGCUUGCAACAACUCGGGCAAGACCCCGCUGGAUCUGGCCCUUCGCAAUGGCCACGAAGCCAUGGCGCGCCUCUUACAGGCACCUGAUCAGGCACGUGACCAGCAGUAG